AUGCACUCGCGUCGACCCGAGACCUUAAAGAUUGACAUCUCCAAGUAUAGGGGAGUCGAAGAGGACUCCCUCUUGAGAUGGUUCGUCGAGUUGGAUGACGCCAUAAGGGCGCGUCGCAUCGACGACGGGGAUAUGCAAGUUGCAUUUGCCCAGUCAAAUCUGGCAGGACGUGCCAAGAAUUGGGCACUGGGGCUCAAGUUGCACGACCCAUAUGCGUUUGGGUCGUUGGAAGUCUUCAAGUCGCGGCUCAGACACACGUUUGAACCGCCUAGAGCUGAGUUCAGAGCUCGAACCGAACUCUCGAAGCUCAAACAGGGUAAGCGUGAUGUGCACGCUUACGCGCAACAUAUACGACAUAUCACGAGUUGUAUAAGUUCCAAUCCGGUUGAUGAACACACGUUGGUUUCGGUGUUCAUGCAAGGUCGUGCGGAUAGUCCCGUCAAGACUCACAUGUUCCGGCUUGAACUAGAUUCACUAGAACAAGCCAUUUCCAUUGCGGAGCAGGAAGACUUCAGUCUGAGACAGGCUCGCGCCAGCUCGACAUCAUAUCGUCAACCGAGACGAUAUGACAGCGGAGGUCCAGAGCCGAUGGAACUCUGUUAUGUAGAGAGCGAGAAGGCUCGCUCUACAGGCUACAAGAAGUUGCAGAGAUGCAACAGAUGUCAAAAGACAGGACACUACGCUUACGAGUGUAGUGCCCCUCGUCCAGUGUCUCGCAACACUGGGCGUAUUGACCGUCCACCCAUGAGAAAGGGGCAGGGACGCGGGUCCGCUGUUGGUGCGAAAACGCAACAACGGGAUGGACCGUCAAAAAACGGACAGGAUCAGUAG